AUGUCCAAUGUGCACACCCGUCUACAGCGUCUGAUUGUGAAAUGUUCCAACAAUACAGAAGGUAUGAACGUGCAACCGGACAGCUUGGAAGAUUACGGUGAGCCCGUAUUCCUGAAACGACGUGUUAUCCCCUAUGGCCAACGUGAGGGUGUACUGCAGACCCUUGAAAAAAUGGAACACGACAAAGUAAUCACUCGAGUCACAUCCAGAAUAUUCCGGGCGGCUAUUGACGGAGUCUUUCGUGGACCCGAUGGCGUGUUAGCGUUACAAUACGACGUCAUUGUGUUUGGUAAAACGAAGGCCGAGCAUGACGAUAGACGCCUCAAACUAUUCGAGCGUUUUGCCCCAAAUAAUGUGUCAAUUCGCGCUUCUAGAUGCGUGUUCAGUGAACCAUAA